UUACAGAGAAAGAAACGGAUUCAGCCCUUGGCUGGAUGCAAUCGCGGAUUUGGCUGAGCAGGCAGACAAAACAAAGAAAAUAGACAGGCCAGCAAACAGGUAUUCCAAAUCACGUGUAAAGGGUUUGGGCCAAUCGCAGCGUGAGCGUAAAUAAGCACAAGGCUCACGAAAACGCCCUUUAUUUUUUCUUCCUGGGCGCAGCAUAGCACUGCUCAGCUCAGCUCAGCUUUGGCGUCGCUGUCGUUCAUUGCUGCUGCCAUUUGCUGUGCUUUCCAUUUUGGCUCUUGCAUUCGCACACUCCACAUUUUAGCACGCUCAAUUCGUAACAAUGCACUUUUGUCCGUCGUGCUCAAACUUGCUUCUGGUCGAGAACGGCGUCGGACAGAACGGCGAGACCUGCCUGGUGUGCCAGACGUGCCCGUACAUGUUCCCUAUCUCAAAGCCAUUUAUCUCACGCACGAUUCUUAAGCGCAAAGAGGUCGACGACGUGCUGGGCGGCGAGGAGGAGUGGGCUAACGUAGACUCUAUCGAGAUUUCGUGUCCAAAGUGCCUCCACGAGCGCGCGUACUUUAAGCAAAUCCAGAUGCGGUCGGCCGAUGAGCCGAUGACUGUGUUUUUCCGCUGCUGCAGCAUGUCGUGCAACUUCAACUGGAAGGAGAACUAAGAAUAGGACGGGAACUGGGACUGGGACUGGGACUGGGUGGAUAGUGCUUUUUUUUGCAGGAUCCUGAGUAUCUUUUUGUCUUGUUUUUGAAUAAAAUUCAGUGUAAAUAUUACGCGGGAUGCCACAACAAA